CGGAAGAGAAGAAGAAUCACGCCGGCGCCUAUUGGCUGAAAAGAAAUAACGUAAGGCUACGCAAUGGGGAGGAGACUUAUAAAGCUUGCGGAGCACAUGCGGACACCGGCAGCUACUGUGUUAGCAAAGCUUACGGUUGUCAAUUUAAUGACUAAAAGUGUGUAAGUACAAACGUAAAGUGGACGCGUAUCGCAAACUAUAUCUCAAAAUUAAAGCUCUUAUACUUGUGGGCUAUCCUGACAACACUUAACGCCCCUUUGGUGUAGUGGUGGUGGUUUACAGCCAUGGCGGGGAAGGGUCGUGGGGUGGCUGCGUUCACCUUCAACAUUGACGCACUGGGCAUUGGCAGGGGCAACAUGCCAGAAGCCAGGGUGGGGCCCCAUCCACUCUUUCCACCCACAGACUUCAAGCCAGUCCCCCUGAAGGUUGGCGAGGAUGAGGACUACAUGCUGGCUCUCAAACAGGAGAUGAGAGGAGCCAUGCAGCGGAAGCCUCACAACAUCAAGUUUCAUUCCAAUAAGGCGGAUGUGGAGAAAUACACUGAGAGGUACUUGAAGCAGAAACAGAUAAAUGAUGACGAAUGGACACCAGAUUGGAAUGUCUUCCCAAAGGAAUUGAUGCCCCAGAAGAAAACCAGGGUGAAAGCAGUUGCUAAAAAGAAAAGUGUGAAGAUAUCCAGCAAAGCUGCAGCAGACGUCUUGACCAAAUUGGAUGAGCUGGAAAAGAAAGAUGACGCUGCCAAAUCAGAUGAGGAGAAACCAAAGGACAAAGAAAAUGAAGAUGGUGAGGACAUUGAAGAAGAACAAUAUGAAGAAGAAGAAGUUGAGGACAAUGACUACAUCGAAAGCUAUUUUGACAAUGGCGAAGACUUUGGCGCAGGCAGUGACGACAAUAUGGAUGGUGAAGCAACAUAUUGACUCUUCCCUUACUUUUCAUUAUGGAUCCCAGAAUUUUGUUUACAAUCAUGGAAAAAAAUAAUUUAAAGAGCCGUGUAAAUAAGGAAUGCCAAAGUGUAUGCACGCUGGCAAUGUUUGAAAAUAUAUUUAUUUUAUUCUCCAGCCUGUGCGCACAUUUACACAGGUUGAAAGGCACAUACUGUCAACAGAAAAUGCUUUUCCAUAAUCUAAACAAGUGGUGAAGUAAAAGGGCUUGAAACAAAAAAUAAAAACAUGUCCUCAAUGUGGGAACUUUGUGCAA